AUGCUGUCCAUGACCAUGCUCAUCCUCGCCUCGGCUGCUACUCUAGUCAACGGCCAAUUUGACCCGACAUCAGUUCCAUAUGCUACAAGAGAGGCCUGGUGUAGCUCCCAAACAUCCGCAUGUCCCCUCCUCUGCCUACAACUACCAGGAGCAUCAGGCUCGCCAACAUCAAACACUUGCUCCGCCGCCACACUACUCUACUACUGCCUAUGCAGCAACGGCGUCACCCCCAAUGCUACCGAAUAUUCCCAGACAAUCCCCUACUACACCUGCACAGAAUCUAAUAACCAAUGCGUUGCCAAAUGCAGCGGUGACUCGACUUGCCAAAAUAACUGCAGAGUAGACAAUCCAUGCGGAGCACAGGAUCCCAAGCGUGUUAAUAUCACUACUACCGCCAAAGCUGCUACCCCAGCUGCAACAGAGACCCCUGUCAAUACCAAUGUCAAUGGUAAUGGAGCUACUGGCGCUGCCCCGCGCAUGGCUUCUGUUGAUAUGAGUCAUGUCUAUGGACUUUGUGUUUUGGUGGGUGGGUUUGUUGCAGGCUUUGCUACUCUGUUGUAG